AAAAGAGUUUACUAUCGCUGAGAUCCGCUUCUAGUUUCAUUCAUUCCCUCUCUCGUUCUCCUUGUCCUUACCCUCCCCAUUCUCCCCUCACUUUCUCCGGCGAUUUUCUUUUCUUCCGAUAAACACCCACACUCUCCGGGAAGGUUUUCUACCACCUGAAACCCGGAAUACAAAUCCAUAUUCCGCAUCGUAUUCAGGUUUUCGUGGUUGUUUCGGAAAACGAAACUCUAGGCUGCUUGUUUCUGAGUUGAGAAAUCCUAGAUUUGGUGUGGCCUUGGUCUGAAUUUGUUGUGCUGCCAGUGGAUAGAGACUGUUUAGGUUGAUUUUUCAUGUCGCUGGAACCGUUGGAUCGAAAGAGGAAGUACGAGAGCUCUGAGUCUCUAGGGGGGUCAGUGGUUAGAUGGAGAGGCUCUUCUUCUCAUCAUCAACACCACCGUCCUCACCCGUUCAAUCGACCUGGCAAUUUUCGGAGAAUGGCAGGUCAUCGUAGGCAGGAUAAUUGGCAGACAUUUCCAGAAGAAUCUAGUCAAGAGCAUAUGCUUUCUCGACCUUGUGACAAAAACCUGGAGGAGGAUAACUGUCGCUCUCGAGGGGAUGGAAAGUAUGGAAGGGGCUAUAAGGAAAGUAGAGGAGCCUUUAGUCAGAGAGAAUGGAAAGGGCGUCCAUGGGAAAGCCCUAGCAACUCUCUUAGUAUGUCCAGGAGACAAACUAAUGCAUUUAAUGAACGCAAGUCAGGUGAUGAUAUGCUAACAUAUCCCCCUCAUCCAAAUUCUGGCUCAUUAUCUACUUGGGAGCAACAUCACAUGAAAGACCAGCGUGAUAAAAUGGGUGGUAUUAAUCGAUUUGGUACAGGGCCUAGAUACGAUAGGGAUAGUUCUCUGGGUACAGUUGAUUGGAAGCCACUUAAAUGGACCCGACCUGGAUCUGUACGAGACUCAAGCUUUAGCCAAUCAAGUGGCACAAGAAGCUUAGGAGGGGCUAAUUCAAAGGGAAACUAUGAAGGGAAGUAUGGGUUACAACCAAAAAUUGCAACUGCUGUUGAGUCAAAUUCGAGGGAAGCUGCUAUAUGUCGUACAUCUUCUGCUCCAUCUGAAGAGGCAAAUUCGAAGAAGAAGCCUAGGCUAAAUUGGGGCGAGGGACUUGCAAAGUUUGAGAAAAAGCAUGUUGAAGGACCUGAGGUAACUUCAAACAAAGAUGGAGCUGUCUCACCUCCUUUUAAUAUGGAACCCAGUAAUUUCCUCUGUCCCAGCUUAGUCAGUAAAAACACAAAAGUUUCAGAACUUUCAGGCUCUGCAUCUCCUGCAGCUCCAACAACUGCUGCCCGCAGCUCUUCACCAGCAGGUGCAGAUGAUAAAUUGUUUGGAAAAGCUGCAAAUAUGGACAGUGAUGUUGGUAAUUUGAGUAGUUCGCCUGACCGGGGGUCUCAAAAUCACCUGCAGAUGUUUUCUCUCAAUUUAGAGAAGGUGGAUAUUGAUUCACUGACUAGCUUGGGCUCUUCACUAGUUAAGUUACCACAGUCUGAAGAUCUGAGCUCUGUAGAUUAUAAUUUAUCAAGAUCCACCACAAUGAACGAGUUGCUGAUAUUGAAAGCCGGAAUUUCAAAGGUAUUAGAGGUGACUGAAACGGAAAUUGAUUCACUUGAAAAUGAACAUAGAUCUCUAAAAUCUGAAUCUGAGGGUAGAUUUCCAUGUUCAGCAGCAGUAGGCUCUCUGCUAUGUUACAAUGGAAAACCUUGCUCUGAUGACAAGGUUUCCUGUUUAGAGUCAUCACCAAUUGUAUCUUCUGACAACCUUAUUGUGGAGAAGGUGCCUAUUGCUACUAACUUUGUUAAUAUGCAUGAUAAUUGCCAGGAAGAUGAUACUAACAGUCAUGGACCUGCAAGGUCCAAAGUUGUAGAGCCUCUGCCCAUAAUUAAUGCAGUUUCUUCAUGUGAUGUGAGGAGAUAUGGUUCUGGCUCUGAAGACUUGGGUGGAAUUCAAUCUAAAGCCAUGCAAUGCUUAAUUCCUUGUACUAAUAGGCAUGCUGCCAAUGUCUCUGUUUGCGGUACUAGUAAUUCAUUUUUGGAGGUUAAAGAUGGUGUGGGUGCUAAGAAAAGUGCAAGCUUACAUUCUAGAACUGAGGACAAUUUAUAUGAGAAAAUUAUUUCUUGCAAUAAAAAAUCUGCAAAAGCAGCACAUGAAGUAUUUGCUAAGUUAUUGCCUGAAACAUGUCGCAAGGAUGGUAAAGUUGGAGCUAGCACUGGUUCAUGCUCUCAGAAUGACACAUUAAUUAUGGAAAAAUUUGCUGAGAAAAGACGUUUGACAAGAUUGAGGGAGAGAGUUAUGACACUUAAGUAUACAGCCCUGCAUCACUUUUGGAAAGAAGAUAUGCGCUUACUGUCUAUUAGGAAACAACGCCCAAAAUCUCACAAGAAACUUGAAGCCAGUUAUAGUCAUCAGAAGAAGCGGUCUUCUAUUUCCUUUCGAUUUCCCUUCCCAGCAGGAAACCAACAAAGGUUGGUUCCAACGUCUGAAUUGAUUAAGUAUACAAGCCAACUACUUUCGGAAUCUAAACAUGAAAUUCACAGAAGCACUUUAAAGAUGCCAGCAUUAAUUUUGGAUCAAAAGGACAAAAUGAAUUCAAUGUUUUUAUCUAGUAAUGGGCUGGUUGAAGAUCCACUGGCUAUUGAGAAAGAAAGGGCCGUGAUAAACCCUUGGACUUCAGAAGAGAGAAAUAUUUUCUUGAAGAAAUUUGCUGCCUUUGGAAAAGAUUUUCGGAAAAUAGCUACCUUCCUUGACCAUAAGACAACGGCAGACUGUGUUGAGUUCUAUUACAAAAAUCACAAGUCUGAUUGUUUUGAAAAAAUAAAAAAAAAAGAUAACGACAAGCUCAAGAAGUUUUAUAAAGCCAAAACUGACUUGAUGCCAAAUACUUCUUCACUUGAUAUCUUGAGUGCAGCUUCAGUGAUGGCAGAUGACAUUGCAAGAAAUCGGAGAAUGCGUUCUGGGCGUGCUCUUUGGAGGGGAUAUAACAUGACUGCUAGGGUGAAAGGUUUUGGAGUUCUUCAAGAUGAAAGAGAGACUGUUGCAGCUGAUGUGUUAACGAGUAUAUGUGGUUCUGUUUUAUCCGAGGCAACAAGUUCCUGCAUAACUAGUUCAGUCAAUCCUGUGAAAGGCAAAAGGGCCAGGAAAUGCGUGAAAGCAAAGCCUCUACGCAAACCAUCACCACCUCCAACGCCAGAAAUUACUCAAACUAUUGAUCAUGAAACUUGUUCCGAUGAGAGCUGUGGUGAAGUUGAUCUUACUGAUUGGACAGAUGUGGAGAAGGCGGCCUUUCUUCAUGCAGUAUCAUCCUUUGGAAAGGAUUUUGCAAUGAUUGCUCGGUGUGUUAGAACAAGAUCACAAUAUCAUUGCAAAGUCUUUUUUAGCAAGACUCAGAAACGUCUCAGAUUGAAUCUCAUGGGUCACAGACCUGAAAAUGUUGGAUCAUUGGGGGAUGAUGACGCGGAUGGUGGCAGGAGUGGCACAGAUAUUGCAUGCAUUGUAGAGACAGGUUCAGCCAACGGCUCUGAUACGUCAGGUACUAAAACUGGCGUGGACCAGCCUGCAGCUGAUAAGAACAUGUGUCGUGAUGAAUCCAAUCCUGUAAAAGCUAGCAACAUGUCAGCUGACUUAGAUGGAUCAGAGGAAACUAAUGGGAAAGUAGAUCAUGAAGAUGUAAAUAUGAUUUCUAAUGUAUGUGUGGUUGGGGGUGAGUCUAACCUGGACAUUGAUGGUAAUGUAGGUGUCUUGUAUGAUUCUGACAGGUCUGGCUCAGUGCGGGCUCAAGAUGAACCAAGUGAAGGGGGAGUUGCAGUUAUAGAACUGGUGUCUGGUAUGGAGAUAAUUGAACCAUGCUACCCUAUUUCUGUUGGUGAUGAUAGACUGGUUUCUGAUGUUUCUUCUGGCCAACAGGGAAAUGAAUUGGAGGGUUCAACAAUAUGUCUAGUUGAUAGAGAUGAAGCUGAUACAGAUGUUGUAGUUCAGUUGAAAGACAACCUCCACGAUACAAGCACUUUGGUGAAUACUUCACUAUCAUCUCUGGAAGUUUCUUGUUCAAGAUUGACUGUUGAUGCUGGAAAUGAGCCUCAAUUACGCCUUGAAAAGUCUCCAUUCUCAGGAACAUCAGAGGGCCCUCUUACAAAUGCAAAUUCAACAUUGCAAUAUACUGCUGCUGCUGCUGUACAACACAAGAAAACAACGAGCCAAGAUACACCGUCCAGUAGCAAUCUUGGCUAUCAGCUUUGUAAUCCUGGUAAUUCAUUGGACCGUGUUGAGGCUGUCCAUGAAUGCUAUAAUUUGCAAGUGCAUUCUAAGAAGGAAAUGAAUGUGAAUAUGAGCUGCAGCGGGUCAGCAACUGAGUUGCCACUUUUGUCCCAAAAGAUUGAACAGCAUGAGCAUUACAAAAGCGUGCAGUGUUUGUCAGAUUCAGAAGAAGCACCCAGAAAUGAUGUGAAAAUAUUCGGGAAGAUACUGACCAUUCCUUCAUCCACCCAGAAGCCUAAUUUAGGUGUAAAGGGAAAUGACGAAAAUGGUACCCAUCAUCCGAAGUUAAACAGUGCUUCUUCCAGUCUGAAAUUGACCAGCCAUGCUAAUGCUGGUGGAAAAAUCCCUAUUCUGGAGGUUGAUCUCAAUGACUGCCACGUCAUUGAAAAUGUUCCCGUUGUAAGUUAUAUCAAUGGGAACAAAAUUCAGCCAGGUUCAUCAUCACUACCUGACUCUGCAAUUUUGCUUGCAAAAUAUCCUGCUGCAUUUGGUAGUUACCCGAUAACUUCCAAAUUAGAGCAGGAGUCACUGCAGGCUUUGGCCAAGAAUGAUAACCAGCACUUGGAUAGAGCUUCUGCAUUUACAACCAGAGAAGUCAACGGAAGCAACGACGUGCUUGGUUAUCAUAUAUCUGGUGAAAGGGAAGAUCUGAACGCGCAACCACUCAUUGUAGAUGACCUGCCGAGAAGAGAUGGUUUUGAAGCGAUAUCGAGUUUGCAGCAGCAUGUUACAAAAAUGGUGGGAACAAAUGCUGUUCAGAAGCCAGGGAUUCUUGUUGGAGGAUCCACGAGUGCGGUCUCAGAUCCUGUGGCGGCCAUCAGAAUUCAGCAUUCCCUUGCUAACCAGUUUGUUGGCCAAUCCGGGAGUGUAAUAGAAGAGGGUGAGUCAUUGGCAGGGGAAGAAGAUAUGUGUAGCUAGAUGUGUUCGGCUGCAGCAAUACUGUAUAAUAGCUUCUCUUAAGCAUGAUUUAUUUAAGCAGUGUAAUAGGUGUUUAAGAUAAUAAUUUUAAUAUGGCAGCAGCCAUGUUGUUGUUGUAUUUUUAUAGGAAUUCUUGAAUAAUUUCUGAAAAUAUUUAUGGGCAAGUGCCAUUUUGGCGGGUCCCUUAACCCAUCACUGCCCAUUUCGACAA